AUGUACCAAAACACAACUACAUCAUCAUCUAAUAAACUAAAUCCCAUACUAGAAAAGUAUUUAUCAAAUCCAUUACAAUUCAAAUUAGGUAAAACAACAGAAAAUAAUUUAACAAAUUUGUCGAAUACGCCCGAGUCAUAUAUCGUAUUAAGCAAGAAUAAUAGUGAUAAUCAAAAUAUAUCAGAGAAUCAAGAUAGUAUGAAAAUAAAACAAGAUGCUGUUGAAGUUAAAUAUCGUCCAAAAUCAUUAGAUGAAGCUAUUAAAAAUUACACUGGUAAUAAAUAUAUGGGUUCAAAAGAAAGAAAAAGGAGAAGGAAACAAGAAACCUUAAGGUUAAAGGUGGAAGAAGAUAAUGAAGAAUCAAGUGAUGUAGAAGAAGAUGGUUACAGAAAGAGAUUUAAAGGUACGGCCACGGAAGAGGAUGAUUUAGGUGUUGACAUAAAUGAAGAAAAUACUGGGUACUCAAAAAAAUUCAAAUCAGUUCCAAUAGAAGAAGAUGACUUGGGUGUUGAUAUAAAUCAAGAGGAAGAAGAUAGUAGCUCAAGUGGAGAAAUCAUAGAAAAUUCUCCGUUUAAUGGGUUUAGUGAUAAUAAUAAAGAAGAUCAAGAAAAUGAAGAAGAAGAUGAGGAUUACGAUUUUAAUAGGGAAACAUCAUUAUCGGAAGAUUCAGAAGAACUACACGAUGAUGAUGAGCAAGAAGAUGAAGAUGAAGAUGAAGAUGAAGAUGAAGACGAAGAUUUUGAGAAAUUAAGAAAUGAUUUAAAACUUGAUCAACAAAAAGCAAUGGAAGAAGAGAAAGAAAAUGAACCUGAUGUACCUGAUGUACUUGAUGAACAAGAAUUUGAAGAAAGCACACCACCAACAUCACCAGAAGAGGAAAAUGGAAAACCAUCACGUAUUAUUAAGAAUUGGGUAAAUGAUACAAAUUCACCAGUAGGUUUAUUAAAUACAGGUGUAACUUGUUAUAUGAAUGCUGCUAUUCAACUGUUAGUUCAUAUACCAUCUAUGAAAUACUAUUUGGAAAACAUAUUAUCUGGUAAAGAUCCUCAUAUAUCAUCAAAAUCCAUAUCAAUUGCAUUAGCUGAAUUAUCUACCAAAAUGUUUGAUACUAAAAAGAAAUAUAUAGUACCUAAAAAACUUAUUCAAAGAUUAGAUGAGAUAAAUUGUAUGAUGAGUGCUUGGCAACAAGAAGAUUCUCAUGAAUAUUUAAUGUCAUUAAUUUCACGUUUACAAGAAGAUUCAACACCAAAGGGAACAAAACUAAAUGAAUCAAUUUUAUAUGAUAUUUUCGGUGGUUUAAUUCAUCAAAAAAUACAAUGUUUAGAUUGUGGGAAUGUAUCAGAUACAAAGCAAGAAUUUUAUGAUCUUUCAUUAGGUUUAAAUAAAAAGAAAAAUUUGAUAAACUCAAUUUUCAGUUUCUUUUCGGAUGAAAUUAUUAAAAAGAAUAAAAAUGAUUCAAAAAGCGGAUAUCAUUGUGAAUCAUGUAAACAAUUAACAAAUGCUACUAAAUCUUCAUCAAUUGCAAUUGCUCCUGAAACUUUAAUUAUUCAUUUAAAAAGAUUCAAAUUUAAUGGUAAUUCAUCAUCAAAAGUUAAAACAAAUAUAACAUAUCCAAAAUAUUUAGAUUUAAGUUUAUUUAUGGAUAAGAAACAAACUACAAAUUAUAAACUAAAAUCAGUAAUUGUUCAUGAAGGUAGAUCAAUUAGUUCUGGUCAUUAUGUUGUACAUUGUUUACAACCAGAUGGUAAAUCUUGGUCUACUUAUGAUGAUGAAUAUAUUAAUAGAAUAGAUGAAAAACAUGCAUUGAAUGAUCCAUCAGCUUAUGUUUUAGUUUAUACGAAAUUAUCAAGAAAGUAA